UUUAUUUAUACGAGCAUCAUUGUUUAUCACCGUGAAGUCCAUUUUAAAACACGACGGCAAAGUUGUUCCUGUGUUUCCAGUCGGACAGUAAACAGGACGGAAGCUAAACAGCCACGUAGUAAAAAGACGAAGCUCGCAGAAAGAUGGUGUUGUGAAAAACUGAUGCCAGUGAGACCUGCAGCACCAACCACACGCUCUACAAGGAAAUGGCCACUAGUCAGUAACAGGCUGCUCAAAUGGAGGUUUACAUUGAUCAAUCACCCAUAUCCAAAGAAACGUUGUCUGUGCAAGAUGACGUGCAGUUGAGGAAGCAGGAAUUGGACAACUGUCAGUUGAAAAAUGGAGGCGUACCUAAUGGUUCUGUCGCCUCAGAUGUGACGCCUAGUGGGGAUGGACUGACAGAGGGCUCUGGUGUUAGGGGAGAUGCACUUGCAAAUGGCCCAGUGCCCCCGACUGCCCCUCCACAGAGCAGCAGCUCCCCUGUCAACUCACAAGAGCCCUCCUCCCCCCAAGGUGUGGCUGCUCAUCCACCCAUGAUGCUAGAGUCUGUGGGAGCUAGUGCUGAGUUCUCGGUUCACAAAGGGGAAACGUUGCAGUCACUCAGACUCAGUAUGCCUAUGCAGGAGACUCAAUUGUCCAAUCAGCAGCCUUCAAUGGAGAUGGAGAACGAGGAAAAGAUCCGUCUGGAGGCUCGUCGCCGCUUGGAGGAGCAACUCAAACAGUACAGAGUGCAGAGACAUAAGGAGAGAUCCCAUCGCAGCUCUACCAAGAACAGACACAGUACUCUGGACCCGGAAUUGAUGUUGCACCCAGAAGCUUUGCCAAGGGCCAAUACCGUCGCCAUGACAAAGGAGUACUCCUUCCUCAGGACCAGUGUCCCCCGUGGUCCCAAACUGGGGAGCUUAGGAAUCCCUCCUCCCAAGGAGAAGAAGUCCAGGUCUUCCCGGGCCAACAAGAUCCACUCACUGGCUGAUCUAAGGUCACCAGAGGAUGAUGGGGGAGGCGGAGGAGGUGGAGGAGUGACAGCUGACAGCUCCAUGGGCUCCAUCCAGUCCACUAUUAGUUCAGUGUCCACCCUGUCUGAAGUCAGCGUCAUGUCAGAGAGCAGCUCGUGUGAUGCAGAACGACCACACAGUGUUUCGCUGCAGGUCGUUGACAAUGCCUCUGAAAUUGACGGGAGUGAAUCAGGAACUAGGCCAGGGAACGACGGCAAUGACAGUGACAGCUCUACCUAUAGCAGCGUGUCCACUCGAGGGACAUAUGGUCUACUCUCAGCUGCAGUGGAGCGCCCACAGGGCCCCUACACGGUGGAGGGGAGGGAGAUUGCUCCUGAGGCCAUGGGUCAGUUCCCUUCGCUUCAGGAGGUCUUGCAGGCAGCCAGCGACGAGCAGCACCACCUGGCAAUGGAGCAAGACGCAGCUUCAGAACCUCGUAGCCGCAGAGACAGUUUCUCCAGCAGUAUUUCCCUGGAAAGCUCGGUGAUGGGACACGAUGAAAUGCUCCAAGUUCUGAAGGAGAAGAUGAGGCUUGAGGGUCAGCUAGAAUCACUUUCGUCUGAAGCCACUCAGGCACUCAAGGACAAGACGGAGCUCCAGGCGCAGCUCGCUACUGUCAACGCUCAGCUAAAUGCUAAAAACGAGGAAGCUCAAGUGAGUCAGGAGAAGCAGGCUGCCCUCAGCACAGAGGUGGGAACACUGAAACAGAACUGCAGUCAGCUUGAAAAAGCCAUGGUGGAGCUCCAGGGGAGUUUGGAGAACAAAAACGCCAGUCUGACGUCCCUGAGCAACGACUUGAAGGUGGCUGAGGACCAAUACCAGAGACUGAUGGGGAAGGUGGAGGAGAUGCAAAACACUGUGAUGUCAAGAGAUAGUACAGUUCAAGGGUUGCGUCAGCAGAUGGGUGGCCUACAAAGCCAACUCCAACAAGUCCAGCUGGAACGCAGCACCCUGCAGAGUCGACUGAAAACUUCCCAGGCUGAGAUAGACUCGCUCCAGCAGGUCAGACAGUGGUACCAGCAGCAGCUAGCUCGGGCCCAGGAGGCACGAGUGCAGCUUCAAAGUGAAAUGGCAAACAUGCAAGUUGGGAAGAUGACCCAAAUUGGUGUCCUGGAACAUCUGAAGCUUGAAAAUGUGAACCUGUCACACCAGUUAACUGAGACGCAACACCGCUCCAUCAAAGAAAAAGAGAGGAUUGCUGUUCAGUUGCAGAGCAUAGAGGCAGAUAUGAUGACCCAAGAAGCAGCAUACAAGCAAAUCCAGGAUGCUAAGAGCAUGGUGGAAGAUGACCUGCAGCACAAACUGGAGGAGUUUGAGCAAGAACGAGAACACCUUAUCAAGCUAGCCAACACAGCCAGUCACUUGGAAAGGGAACUUGAUCAGGUGAAAGUGACUCUGUCUCAGAAAGAUGUGCAGCUCCAUCAGCUCCAGAAUGAGCAUCUGGAGCUGAUGCGCCAGCUCACCACCACUCAGGAGAACCUGCAUACCAAAGAGCAGUCCAUCAAUCAGCUGGAGGCUCGGUUUCUGGAGCUGGAGUCUCAGCUGGCCGAGCUGCAAACUGACAGCAAUGCGAAGGACGACAAUAUCCAGUUCCUCCAGAACGAAAAAAUCGUUCUCGAGGUGGCGUUGCAGGCAGCGCGGGCCGACAAGAGCCAACUGGAUGAAAAUGCUGAACGACUGGGAGAGGAUGUUCUGGUGGCAUCAGAUGUUCUGGAUCAACUCAGACAGGACGUACAGGUCAAAUCAAGUCAGAUUGAAACUCUUCAACAAGAAAAUGGUUCACUGAAGAAGCAGGUACAGAAGCUGAAGGACCAGUUCCAACAACAAAAGGUGAUGGUGGAAGCCUACCGGCGGGAUGCUGUCUCCAAGGAACAGCUGAUCAAUGAGCUCAGAUCCACUAAGAAGCGUCUGCUGGCCGAGGUGAAGGAUUUGAAGCAAGAAGUGCUGACUAUUCAGGGGGAAAAGCAGAAGGCCGAUCUGGAGCAAGCUCGGCUGCAGAAGGAGGUUACGAGGGUCCAGGAGCAGAUGAGCAACAUGGAAGCACAUCUCCAAACCAUCCAGAGUGAAAGAGACCAGCUUGAAAUGCAAAUCCAGUCCUUGCAGUUCGAUCAGAGUCAACUUGUGGCUGUGACGAAGGAAAACGAUGGCCUGAGGAAGCAGGUGGAGAAAAUGGAGGGGGAAGCUAAGAAGGCGAUUUCUGAGCAGAAGGUGCGCAUGAAGAGGCUGGGGACAGACCUGACCAGUGCUCAGAAGGAGGUGAAGGCCAAACACAAGGCUUACGAGAAUGCUGUGAGCAUCCUGAGCCGGAGGCUGCAGGAGGCACUGACCGACAAGGAGACAGCUGAAGCAGAGCUGGUCAAGCUCAAAGCUCAAGUGUCAGAUGGAGGAAACAGCCAGGUCUUGCAGGAGAAGAUCAAAGUACUGCAGACUGAGCUUCAGUCUGUCGUCAAAAGCAAGACCAUGCUGGAGAAAGAGCUGCAAGAAGUGAUCACCCUCACGUCUGUGGAAUUGGAGGAGUACCAAGAGAAGGUUCUGGAGUUGGAGGAUGAGCUUCAAGAAUCCCGAUGCUUCAAAAAGAGGAUCCGAAAGCUGGAAGAUGCUAACAAAAAGCUGGCCCUUGAGCUGGAACAUGAAAAAGGGAAAAUGGCCGGAUUAGCUCAAUCCCACAAUGCACUGAAGGAACAUGCCAAUAUUUUAGAGUCUGCAUUAGCCAAACGAGAGGCGGACCUUGUCCAGCUCAAUCUACAGGUUCAAGCGGUUUUACGGCGAAAAGAGGAGGAGGACCAGCAAAUGAAGCAGGUGGUGCAAACUCUUCAACUCGCUUUAGAGAAGGAGAAAACCAAAGUCAGAGACCUAAAAGAUCAGGUGGCAGCAGCGAAAGCAGAAGCGGCCCACAACCGAAGGCACUACAGAGCUGCCAUGCUGGAGCUUUCUGAGAUUAAGAAGGAUCUGCAGGCCAAAGAGGAACUUGUCAGAACCCUGCAGAGUGAAGCUAAAAAACUACAAGCCCAGGACAAAAAGCAUGCAGAAGAGGUGUCCAGUUUUCAAGAGGAGCUCGCAGAGGCUCACUCACAGCUUCAGAUCCUGCAAAAGCAGCUGGACGAUGAAUUGUCCAAGCAGCCUCUCACAAACCAAGAGGUGGAGGACCUGAAGUGGGAGGUGGAGCAGCGUCAGAGGGAGAUUGAAGCUCAGAAGCAGCAGCUGGAGAUGGUGGAGCAGUGUCACCAGAGGGAACUGGACAACAUCCAGACAGCGCUGCAGAACAUCAAAGUGGAGUUGGAGACGGUGCAGGAAGAGCUGGGCAGCACCAGGAAAGACAAGUUUAUGCUGCAGGCUAAAGUGGGAGAGCUGAGAAACACUAUGAAGACGGUCCUACUCCAGAAUCAGCAGCUAAAACAGGACCUCAAACAGAGCCGGAUAAGAAAGCAACGGAUGGAAUUGAAAACUGAGGGGAACCCAUCCACCCCAGUGACACCAGUGAAGAUCCCAGACUGCCCGGUACCGGCGUCUCUACUGGAUGAACUGCUGAAGCCAUCAACAUCUGUAAACAAGGAACCCCUCAACAACCUGCACAACUGUCUACGUCAACUCAAGGAAGAAAUGGACAGUCUCCAAAAGCAGAUGGAGGAACACACAGUCACGGUACACGAGUCGAUGAGUUCAUGGACGAACACAGAGGAAAGGCUGACUGAACUGGGGCUCCAAAACGAUGUCUCUAUUUCAUCAGCCGCUCUAAACAAUGCAGUUGUUGAAGACGACGACGACGCAGAGGAGCAGCAGGCAUAAUUUAGAGACUUAUCUCAGGCAAACCGAGGGAGAGUGGAGUUUUAUCCACAACGGCACUUUUUAAAACUCCUGCUCUCUUGAUCCUAACAAUUGCUGCCAACAUUUGGCGUCUCCCCCACUGGCACAGAAGUGCGUCGCAGAGUAAUACGUUUUAUCAUAGCUUUAUUCUUUAUGCUUACUUUGAUGCUUGUUUAUAUUUUUGUCAGAUUUAUUUAUUACAGAUAAAAAUAAAUUAUUCCUAAAAUUGACCCCUCAGUUCACGAAACAUUAAGCCAGUUUAUUUUCCUGACAAGAUUAUCCACACACUUUUUGCAAUCUUGAAUCAGUGGCUAUAAAGCAGCUCAUUUAAAAAAGUAUUCCAGUGGCUCAAAACACUCCCACUACACUGGCCAAACUCAGUUCUUCCAUUUCUGCGUGCCUCUCUCAUCUAUGCUGUGACUGACAAUAUUACUUCCUUUUGGUUACGAUGUUCUUUCAGUCCUGGUUGAAUGCGUCUUUGUUAAAAUGCAGUGUUUCUUCCACAUGUUAUCAUAUCGCCUUGUGUUCUUAAACUCUAGAUAAUUCAAUGUUUCGUCAAGCAUGGACUGCAGUAAUUUGUACCCAAAAAAAGCCUUAAAUCAUAUAUUAUGUAUAGCAAAAGGACUGUGUUUGAUGGGAUGAAAGUAGUUCUGACGUGAGUGUAUGUUAGUGUGUGUGUCUGUGUAAGAUCCUGGUUAAGUAUACAGUACCGUAAGUGGGUCACUUAAACUGGCAUUUUAUCUCAACUGACUGUAAGGUGGACGAAGAGCUUGAACUGUUACUAACUUCUUCUUAAUGUAUAUUCAGUUCAGUUACAAAAAAAAAAAAAAAUCAAACGUUAAGCCUGUUUUAUGGCUCAUAGUUUGGAUGUCAAUUCCAGAGUUUAAUAUAUAAUUUGUUUUGUAUUGUUGUAAAUCCAUUUGAUUUGUGUAAAGAAGGUAGAAUGCAAGAUAUCACAUGCAAAACUAAUCCAAGCAGCCUGUUCAGGUUAACACAACAGAAAAUGGGGGCCAUCGUUUGUAACUGCUGCCGUUGACAAAAAGAUAUGUCAUGUUUUUUAACACCAUUGUUUGCUUCUGUAUUUCCAAAGGGAUAAAAAAAUAUUUUGAGGUGAAUGCUUUCAAAGGAUACAAACAGUACAUGUUGACAAACUGUCUUCUGAAUAAAUCU